AACAACUGAGCACUCGGUAAUUGGACUCUCAGACCGAGGAACCCUACCGUUUCCCCCCAACAUUUCCCCAGCUAUUCCUCCACUUUCAGGCUGCCGCUCGCUUCCCUCUCCUCGGCCGGAUAACUUCGCCUGUUCCGCUGCUCUCUUCCGAUGAGGUUUUCUGAUAUUUCUGAGGGAAAUAGCGGAGGUGAGAAAUGCAGGGAUUUGUCAGGUUACAGUUGGACCGCUGAAGCGUCUCCCGGUGUUUUCGGUUCUUCCUAACCAGUGAGCAUGGAGCGAUAAAAGGACUACAUCCACCCCGAAAGGCGUUCACAUUGCCGUGUUUUUUUCCCCGCGGUGUUUAACAUCCUACCCGGGUUGUACCUUCACGUCUGGGAGAGCCUCGGGGACCCCAGUCGCUCUUUCCCCCGUGGAGCUCUAGUCUCGUAAGACCAACCUGGAUGAGGGGAAGCGGCCGCAGCUCAGAGGCUCCGGACAGGUCCUUGUAGGUGCGUUGUUGGAUGUGGUCAAAACUCCACAAAAGCGGUCAAAAAUCGCCCACAUGCGCUGGAUCAUUCGCCGGAUUUCGGAGCACAACACGCAGAAGGGGGGUUGGGGAUGGAGCGAUGCAGCCGGGGCUGGUGAGAGCCUAACUUGGGGCCACUUUAGCUUUGUUAUUCCUGAGCAACUCGCCUCUGUUCCCGGGACACAUGCAGGCCAAAAAACGCUACCUGAUCCUGCUGUCCGCCGGAGCGAGCCUGGCGCUGCUCUUUUACCUCGGAGGGGUUGAGCUUCCAGCAGCCAGGAGGAGCCGGCAGGACCGCAGCAGGAACGGGUACCGGCCCGAGCAGCCGUGGCCCCACUACUCGGACCCUUUACACGCAUUCAUGACCUGGGAUCAGACGGACACCGAGGAUUACAACCUGCACAUAUCUCCGAGGCAGAAACGGGACGUGAACCGGAGCGUUUACAGAGGCAAGAGGUGCCGCAUGGAUUCCUGUUUUGAUUUCUCUCUGUGUCAGAAGAACGGCUUCAAAGUUUAUGUUUACCCCCAGCAGAAGGGGGAGAAGAUCUCUGAAAGCUACCAGAACAUCUUAUCCACUAUCGAGGGCUCCAGGUUUUACACCUCAGACCCGGAGCAGGCGUGUCUGUUCGUCCUGAGUCUGGACACUCUGGAUCGGGACCAGCUGUCCCCUCAGUACGUCCACAACCUAAAGACAAAGGUCCAGAGCCUGCCUUUGUGGAACGACGGCAGGAACCACCUCAUAUUCAACCUGUACUCCGGCACCUGGCCAGAUUACACGGAGGAUCUGGGCUUUGAAAUCGGCCAGGCCAUGCUGGCCAAGGCCAGCAUCGGCGCGGAGAACUUCAGGCCCAACUUUGACGUGUCCAUCCCGCUCUUCUCCAAGGAGCACCCUCGGACCGGAGGAGAGAGGGGUUUCCUGAAGUACAAUACCAUCCCGCCUUUCAGAAAGUACAUGCUGGUGUUCAAGGGGAAGCGUUACCUGACCGGGAUCGGCUCGGACACCCGGAAUGCCUUAUACCACGUCCACAACGGGGAGGACGUGGUGCUGCUCACCACCUGCAAGCACGGAAAGGACUGGCAGAAGCACAAAGACGCACGGUGUGACAAGGACAAUGCAGAAUAUGACAAGUUUGAUUUUCCUGAUUGGUCCGUGUGGCUAUUAAAGGCACUUGCUGGUCAGAUGCCAAUCAAGCUGAAACCUCUCAGGUACGACUACAAGGAGAUGCUCCACAACUCCACCUUCUGUUUGGUGCCCCGGGGCAGACGGCUGGGAUCCUUUCGCUUCCUGGAGGCGCUGCAGGCUGCAUGUGUGCCGGUGAUGCUGAGCAACGGCUGGGAGCUGCCUUUUUCCGAGAUCAUCGACUGGAACACUGCCGCAGUCAUCGGCGACGAGAGGCUCCUCCUGCAGAUUCCGACCACUGUGCGCUCCAUCCACCAGGAUAAGAUCCUGUCCCUCAGACAGCAGACUCAGUUCCUCUGGGAGGCGUACUUCUCCUCUGUGGAGAAGAUAGUGCUGACCACACUGGAGAUCAUCCAGGAUCGAGUGCUGGAGCACGGCUCCAGGAGCAGCCUGAUGUGGAACGGUCAUCCUGGAGGCCUGUUUGCCAUGCCGCAGUAUUCUGGAUACUUGGGAGACUUCCCGUUCUUCUACGCCCCACUGGGAAUUAAACCAUACCCCAAGUUCACUGCAGUCAUCCAUGCCGUCUCCCCUCUGGUGUCCCAGUCUCAACCCAUACUCAAGCUGCUGGUAGCGGUGGCCAAAUCCCAGUACUGUGCACAGAUUAUCGUCUUGUGGAACUGCGACAAGCCUCUCCCCGCCAAACACCGCUGGCCCGCCACCUCCGUGCCCGUCAUCGUAAUCGAGGGAGAGAACAAGGUCAUGAGCAGCCGCUUCCUGCCCUAUGAGACCAUCGUGACCGAUGCUGUCCUCAGCCUGGACGAAGACACAGUGUUGUCCACCACAGAGGUGGACUUUGCUUUCACCGUCUGGCAGAGUUUUCCGGAGCGGAUCGUGGGUUAUCCGGCCCGGAGCCACUUCUGGGACAGCAACAAGGAGCGCUGGGGCUACACUUCCAAGUGGACCAACGAUUACUCUAUGGUUCUGACCGGCGCCGCCAUGUUCCACAGGUACUAUCACUACCUAUACACCCACUACUUGCCCACCAGCCUGAAGAACAUGGUGGACCAGCUGGCCAACUGUGAGGACAUCCUGAUGAACUUCCUGGUCUCUGCCGUCACCAAGCUGCCGCCCAUUAAGAUCACACAGAAGAAGCAGUACAAGGAGACCAUGAUGGGACAGUCUUCGAGGGCGUCCCGCUGGGCCGACCCGGACCAUUUCGCCCAGCGGCAGACCUGCAUGAACAAGUUCGCCAGCUGGUUUGGCGCCAUGCCGCUUGUCCACUCCCAGAUGAGACUGGACCCUGUGCUUUUCAAGGAUCAGGUCUCCAUCCUCCGCAAAAAAUAUAGGGACAUCGAGAGGCUCUGACAGGACCGCCGCCCCCUCGGGGGAGACUCCACGCAGGGGGAGGCGCGCGAUAGAGACUCCACGGAGAGUCGGAGGAAAAGUUGGACGACGGCAGGAUGGACAGGGAGAGACGUUGCUCUGUCUUCCACUCAGCACAUUGCCAAUGACCACAGCGCUGCUGCUGCUCCCUGGACCUGAUCCCUGUGGGAAUCAAAAGGAAACAAGCAGAUGGAAAUUAAAACAAUGCAAACAGAGACAAAGUGAGAGACAAGCCAAACAGUACUGUAUGUUUCACAAACGUGCAAACACACGACGCGCACUACUGACGACAAAAACUGUUGGAUAGAAUAUUUUUUUGUACAAGGUAAGGAUCACUGCAUCGAAGGGAGACUUUCCAGCUUUCCCUGCACAUGUGCAGGAUGGUAGAAGAGGGGAAGGUGUUUGAUGGCUAACCACCGCUUGUUUCUCCCUCAUCUGAAUCAGGACCUGGAACUGGACAUAGGACUGAUAAGGCUGUUAGCACCAAGCGUUAUGUUUUCAUUUUCAGUGACUGACACGUAUCCAUCUGUCCGAUCCUCGGCUCAUUCCUUCAUGUUGUUUCCUAACAGCCUUUUAUCUCUGAGGUAGGUUAGGAGGAUGUCUCGUUUCAUGACCCAUUUUCCUCCCGUUCGCGCUGCAGUCCUCAGCUUUUCACAUUUUCUGCUCGUUCGGGUCUUUGCGUGCGUCAAGAGCCGUGAAAGGUUGGCUCAUCCAACUAUAAGCUUAAAGCAGAGAACGUUUCUGGAUGGAACGGAGCAGAACGGUGUGUUCAAACUCAAACCUUUCUUUCUUUCUGCAUGGUCCCUGAACACUAUCCUAAUGGAGUAAAAAUGCAGUCCUCUGCAGGUCUUUUGGUGACCACCACCGUUUCUUUUUUAGCAGUGCUUGUUCAGUGCCAUUCUGACCUCUAAGUCUGCCUUCGUCGUUGUUUACUGCACAUCACGUUACCUAAACGAUCUUGUUUUUACGCGUUGCUGCCAUUUUUCUUUUUAUUUUGUUCUCCUUGACAUAUCAGAGGACCUCAGAGCCAUUAAAUCGACAAAACGGUUUUCCCCUCCAUUUGUCAGGCCUCAAUUAAGCAUUUCAUUUAGGGAACUGUUAUUGUUCCGAGCCCGUGAUGAAGCGUCUUGUUUGGGGGGGAAACGGCGACCUAUGAACGUGACUUUCACCUUCCUGUUGCAGCUUGACCAAUCAGCAGAUCUGAUUGGCUGUAAGAGAAAACUGCAGUCAGACACUUGAAUAACAGCCGCAUGCUUUUAGUGGCCUUUCAGUCAUAGUUUUCUCAGCUUUUUUUAAUUCACUAAUCUGUCUCACAUUUAGCCGGGCUUUUAUUUUUUUAUUUAGUCGAUGCAAAAUGUUCAAAACUUCAAGCCUUCUAACAUGUCUCAGCAUAUCAAACCCAGCAGGGUUCUCACUGUUUCCUCUGUCACUUCAUAUUAUGUUUUACAUUCUGAGACUUUUCACUUGUUUUAUCAUCCGUUUAAUGUAGAGUGUUCAGCCAAUAAAGACGAUGUGAAUCUGG